GGCGGUCCGAGGUCGAUCGGUAUCCUUGCUGUGGCUCAUGCCAUUGGUUUUGAUAUUGAGGUGGUUGAGGCAAAUCCACAAGAUGGGCUUUCCGAAGAGUACCUGAAGCUGAACCGACUGGGCAAGACGCCUACUUUUGUGAGCUCUGAUGGAACAGUCCUGACAGAGUGUAUGGCGAUUGCGUUGCACGUGGCGAGUCAGGAUACCGAAUCAAGCAUGCUCGGCUCUGGACACAUGGACUUCAUCAAUAUCGUCAGCUGGAUGUCACUUUGUAACAGCGAUGUUUUCGAUAGACUCUGGAGAGCACGAUUCCCUUGUUUCACGGCUUGGUUCGAGAUGAUAACAAACUUGGAGAUGUACCGAGCAGUGAUACCCGACACUGUCAUGGUAGAUACUGCUAUAGGACCACCGAAUUCGUCAAUGAGGAGCGACUAUGUUGCAGACGAC